AUGGACUACCAUGAUGAAAUGGACAUUGAGCCCCAAGGGCCUCAAGUCACAGUUAGAGAGGCAGAACCCAACCGCGUCGAUUUCCGCCUCAGCUCCGUUGACCUCGCCUUCGCCAACUCCCUCCGCCGCACCAUGCUCGCCGAAAUCCCCACCGUCGCCAUCGACGUGGUCGAAAUCGAAUCCAACACCUCUGUCCUCCCAGACGAAUUCGUCGCCCACCGUCUAGGCCUAAUACCCCUGAAUUCCAAAAACUGCGACGCGGACAUGGAUUACUCGCGCGACUGUGAUUGCGAGGGAGGGUGUGCGCGGUGCGUCGUCAUGUUAUCGCUGAACGUGCGCUGCACUGGGGAGGACGUUAUGAAAGUGUAUGCACGUGACUUGAUUAUUGUGGGUGAUAGGGCGAACGAGUGGGUGGGAAGUCCGGUUAUUACGGAUGCGGAGGGGAAGGGGCCGGUUAUUUGUAAGUUGAGCAGGGGCCAGGAACUUAAGAUGACGUGCAUUGCGAAGAAGGGCAUUGCGAAGGAGCAUUCGAAGUGGGCGCCGACGGCGGCGGUGGGAUUUGAGUAUGAUCCGCAUAAUAAUUUGAAGCAUGUUGAUUAUUGGUAUGAGGAGGAUCCCGCUAAGGAGUGGCCCAUAUCCCCAAACGCAGAAUGGGAAACGGCAGCCCAACCUGACAUGCCCUUCGACUACGACGUGCAACCCUCAACUUUCUACAUCGACGUUGAAAGCAUCGGCAAUCUCGAACCCGACGCCAUCGUCCAGCAGGGUAUCAUGGUCCUUCAACGCAAGCUGGCAGAGAUCAUCUCCGCCCUGACAGGAGCGGGCGAUACGGAUCGCAAUGGCACAAAUAUGAACAUGAACGGCGUCGAUGAGGAUGGCGCGCGCAGUCCUGAUGCAUAUGAGCCACCUGAAGGGAUGGAUGGUGGCUACACGGCCUAUGCGGCUAAUGGUGUUGGUGGCGCUGGUGCAGCAGCUGGAGGAGGUAGUGUAUGGGGUGGUGCUGGGGGUACGACACCUUAUGGGGCUACGCCUUAUGGGCAAGGGUUUGGAGGGUUUUAG